AUGGCCGCUCCCAACCGCAGACCCGAAUACGAUACUUCUGGCACCGGUGGUAAUGCUGAUGCACAUUAUGGAUACUGGAGGGGAAGCGGCCAAGCUGUCACCGGCGGUAACGGCACCGGUGGUAACAUUCAGAUGCCGGCAAGCCGUGCGGAUGCCAACAUCAAGAUGACAGGGACGGGAGGCAAUGCCAGAGCGAAUGCCGGGGGCAUUGCAAGGGGCGGCGAUGCAAGGGGAGGCAACCUCACAAUUACUUGA